CGUUGUCGUUCUUGUCACUUCUACCUCUCGCAAACUUAGUCUCGUUUCUUUAUAAACAUCUCCUCACCUCCCUCCAUCCCUGCCUCCCUCUCACCCUCUCUCCCUCGCCAUCACACAUCUCUGGACGUCCAUCACCUAUUGAUCAUACCCAAUAUACGACGACCUAAGUAGCAAUCACCAUGGCCGCACCAAGAGCAACUCAAUUCAUCGCCCUGCGAAACUUGGCCCGAGGCAGCCACCAGACUCGCCAACUCUCCAUGACUGGAAGCUCAAAGACAUUUGCUUCGCCUGCGCUAGAACGUCCUGUUCUCAAUCUGCCUCAUGACAUUGCAGGCCUUCGUGCGGAAUGCAAGCGAAGAAACCUCGAUGCCGGAGGUCUGAAGAAAGAUUUGGCCGACCGUCUCAGUGCGCAUGAGCUGACCAGGUCUCGUGGCUUCAGCACUGCAAUCAACAAGAGCGAACGCCCACAAGCGCAGCAAGAGUCCAGUGCCAAGCCAGCCGUCCGCCACUUCAACACAUCCCGCGAGCUCAAGGCUGUCAAGGACAGUUCCACCAUUGAUUUUGCCUAUCUGCCCGACAUCAUCUCGCCGGACAAUGUCGACGUAUAUGCUCAUGUCCGAGUUCCCAUCAUCCCCACGGGAGCAGAAACGGCACCGAAAGUCAUGGAGCAGGAGACUGUGGUCAUGAGACCUCAAAUCAAUGUCAUGUCUGCCGAUGCCGUGUAUCUGCCCAUGUCAGAGUCGAGUGACGAUCACGCAAUGAACAUUGACUUCCACGCCAUGGCAGAACGUGUCGCUCUCAACUUGCGUAGAAUGAAGGUUCCGGUGGAGGAGCAGGCUGGCAUCGCCAAGCGCAUCUGGGCUGACAUGGUAGAUGACAUUCUCGGGACGAAGAGAGCUGGUACUGUCGCUUGAGGGAAACUUUGGAGGUUUUCUUCAAGAAAUGAACUGCAUCAUUUAUGUGAGUGAGCAGAACGGCGAGGGUGGCCUGAAGUGCUCAAACCAUCUGAGCUCGAGGGGAGAGCAUGUCUGGGUACCUAGUAUUCAUUUACCUUACCUGACCUGACCUGAGACGGCCGACGGCGAGAUUCUAGUAGAUAUUUACCUUUUUGUUUCUGAUAUUUUCUUGAAUGAGUAACAGAAUGCAACGACAGCGAAUUUUUUUCUCGGUUCACCAAGCCCUCUCUCCUCUAAAAUACCUUAUUUGCUUAUAGUAGUAGUAGUAGCGAAGAAAGCUACAGGUCAGCAUAAU